GUCAGGUCAGGUCAGCUCACCGUGAUGGUUCGUUGAGAGGAGGUGUAGCGCAUCCCUGCUGGUGGCCAGCAGCUGGAGCGCGGCGGCGUGCUAGGCGGCCACAUGCGGUUCCGAGAUGACUCUGAUGUGGGGUUGUCGUCACACAACGCACCCAACACACAACACAACGCUCCGAUGCGUAAGCAAGAACGACCACACACACAACGAUGGCACACAAUGAAUGGAUGGAGGCAUCAUCCAACCGGCUCUGGCUCUUGUUGUUGUGUCAGCACGUCUUCCAGCGUUCCUCGCUCCCAGAGUCCCUCUCGGACCAUUCGUGUAUGGCCGCCCUCCCUGCCCUCCCCCUCACCUGCCCCACCUGCACCUCGGCGUCCCAUCGCACAUACCUUCGGCUCCUCUCCUCCCUCCCUCCGCUGCGCGCAUCCAUCCACACCCGAUCUACGCCAAUCAGAUGGCCUCGAAUGCGCAACUCGGCCUCGCCAACCGCCCCCCCUUCUCGCCGCAGAAUCUCGGCAUGUUCGGACUGAGUGGGAUGGCAGCAGACACAGCGCUGCAGCCGAAAGGAAGUUGCAGCAAGGGCAACUGUCGGCCAAGGGGGACGGCUGGUGGCGCCUGA